AAGAGUCAUUCAAAUCCUUGGGAAUUAAUGUAGUAUUGCCUACACGAGUGGGAGGGACAAGAUGGAUAAGUCAUUUGAAGCUUGCUGUUGGGUGUUACUUGAAAGGGUAUAAAGCAAUAUCCCAGCAUUUAUCGCAGCUUCAAAAUCCAGAUGAUCGCUGUAAAUGCAACUGAAAAGGGGAACAAAGCGAAGGCUUUGUCGAAAAUUGUGUUUGCGCGAGAUGCAUGGCACAUGAUGCAUUUCCUCCUCGAUUGUUUAGAAAUUCUUGUGAUUGUGAGCAAGAAAUUUUAAGAAAGGACUGCAACUGUGUCAGAGAUACUUCAUGACAUUGAAAGUUCUGAAAAGCAACUAGAAAAACUUAAAACAAGCAAUGGCCCAAAACUUCGAGAAGCUGUGAGGUCUGAGCCUGCAGGUUUGAAGGGCGAUUUGAGAGCCUUUGAGAGUGCCAGAGGAAAGCUCCUGGAAUAUAUUUUGUCAGCAUUGAGGAGGCGUUUUACUGAUAACUUAGGGAUACUUGAAGCAUGCUCUGUGAUCAGCCUGUCAGCAUUUCCUAUUACUGAAACUGAAGCAGAAAGUAAUAAAUACUAACUAAUAAAACUCUAAUGAUAUUCCCAGUCACAUGUUUUAGUCUGUCAACCUUCCCUCAUUUAGAUACAUAGUCUAUUAGAGCAGUAGCUUUAGUUAGUCUGCUAACUAACAUAAUUAACAAUAUUAUAGAUUAAAAUUUUCAUUAUAUAUAUAUCUAAAACAGAUAAUACAUCACUUUUCUACACGAACCAACAAAUUGUUAUUAUCAAGACUUAUGCAUUAAAUUUGAUAUUUUAUUAUUAGAGGCUAUUUUUCAGAUUACGGUGACAGUAAAGUUGCAGAACUGGUAGAUUACUUCACUCCAGCCUUAAAAGCUGCUGGUGUUGCCCCAGAGAAAUGUGAACUUGAAUGGACAAAACUCAAGAUGUUUAUGUUUACCAGAUUUAAGAAGCCAAACUCAGCCACAUGGACAGAAGUAAAUGAUAAGCUAGGACAGAUUUGCCCUAAUUUCCUAGCACUUGUGGAUCUGAUUUUAUCCAUUCCAGCAUCAUCAGCAGAUGCCGAAAGGGGUUUCAACAGGCUUAAAAUUACAAAAAGUGACUGGAGAAGUUGUUUGUCAGAUAGCCAUCUUUCUGACCAACUAAUGAUUAUGUUGGAAUCACCAGAUGUUAAAGAUUUUGAUCCAUUAGCAGCUAUACAUAUCUGGAACAGUAGUGCUAAACGCAGAGUCAAAGAUACUAUUGUUAAGCCAGUUGUCUCUGGGCAUAUUUCUCAAAUUGUUGCAGUCAGUCAUACAGAUGAUUCCCAAUCAGUGCCUGAAAACAUCUCAGAUCAUGAUUCCCAGUCAGUGCCUGCUGAGAACAUCCCAGAUGGUUCCCAGUCAGUGCCUGCUGAGAACAUUACAGAUGGUUCCCAGUCGGUGUCUGCUGAGAACAACUCAGAUGGUUACCAGUCAGUGCCUGCUGAGAACAUCUCAGAUGGUUCCCAGUCAGUGCCUGCUGAGAACACCUCAGAUGGUUCCCAGUCAGUGCCUGCUGAUGAUUCCCAGUCAGUGUCUGCCGAGAACAUCUCAGAUGAUUCUCAGUCAGUCUCUGCUGAGAACAUCUCAGAUGGUUCCCAGUCAGUGCCUGCUGAUGAUUCCCAGUCAGUGUCUGCUGAGAACAUCUCAGAUGAUUCCCAGUCAUUAUAUGAUCAAAAUAUUUUGAAUGAUGAAUACUUGUCAGAUUACCAGUCUGAUGAGGAUUAUGAAAGUGAGUAUGACUCUGACAUUGAAACAUAUGUUCCUUUUAUUGAGAGGAAAAAAAAUGAAAUAACUUGUUUCAAAAAACUAUAUAAACUUGACAGUUUCAUGUCACGGUACAAUUGAAACCUCUGAACUAUGUUAAUCAGGCUUAAGUAGAAAAUAAAUGAA